GAUGAUGAAGAGUAACCACCAGAGCACCGCUGUCUUCAUGUCUCUCCUGGUCUCUCCUGGUCUUCAUGUCUCCUCUUCUCUCUUUUCAGAUCCUCCAAACGUCGGAGCUCCUCUGACUACAUCUCAGGCCUUCCAAAACCUCCCUCCGAUGCCCCAAAACCAGAGCCAGAUCUCAGUAACCCGAACCCAGACCUCAUCAACCCAAGCUGAGAACCAAACCACCAUCAUCCAGAUGCCCCAGAUGCAGAGCGAAGCCCGGCAGCAGCACCACCGACCUCAGUCCCUCUCUGAAGUGGUCUCGCUGCCUCAGGUCCAGUACCUCCCACAGUCCCAGUCUGAGGUGGCCCAGGUCCAGUCCUCUCAUCCAGCUCCAGGAUCUCUCUACCCCCCCCACACCUCUCAGGGUUCAGGUCCUCACCUCCAGCCUCCUCACCCCUCCCAAGUCCCCCAUCCCUCCAUCUCUCUCUCCACCUCCCAUCCCAACACCCAGAAUCAAACGGAGGACUCGCCUCACCCCGAGUCCAUGGUCUACCCCCCUCCUCACCCGUCUCCUCACCCACAGCUACAGUCAGCUCCUCCCUCUCCUCACCCCCAGGUACAGUCAUCCAUCCCAGUAGCCGUCCCCCUGUCCCAGCUGUCCCAGCUCUACCAGGACCCCCUUUACCCCGGGUUCCCUCAGGGGGAGACGGGGGACGUGGUUCCGACUCCCCUCUUCUCCUCCAGCCAAUCAGGGGACGACCUGCCGCAAGAUCUCAACAUCUUGAAGUUUUUCUUCAACUUGGGCAUCAAG